CCAUCAUUUGUAGGAAAUAUAAUUAAUUCUUUCAUUUUUUUCUAUUAUUUAGCAAGAAAUAUGAAGUAAUUUUGAUUCACCAAACAUAACAAUAUUCAAAGUUCAAAUUGUGGAUGUAAUUUUAUUUCUACUUUUUUGCAACAUAGAAAUUCGCGUAGUUUUUUCGCAACUAUCGUUUUCCUGGGAAAAUGCUAGGUUAUAAAUGGAUCCGUCAAAAAAAAUUACAAACUUCCCCUUCACAAAGGUUGUAAUGCUAUCAAAAUGUCAAGUUUCGCCUUAAGGGUAAAAUCCAAAAGUGGUCAUCAUAUCAUUAACAAUUUACUGCCUGGUAGCACAAUUAAAGAACUGAAGAGUGAAUUGGCUUCACUGACAAAUAUUACUGCACACUCAUUACAAGUUCUUAGUGGUUUCCCUCCCAAGUUAUUCGAUAUUACCAAUGAAAACCAAACAUUAACUGCCAGUGGCCUUACCUCUGGCGAGACUCUCAUAAUUGAAGAGAAAUCUCAGAGUAAACAAGAAGAGGAAUUUAAGAUGAGAGCGUCAUCGUCCGAAUUGUUGCAGGCAAUAAAUGAACAAGAAAACUGCCAGGGAAUACUUAUAAAGCAUGUAGUGCCUGCCGACAAUUCUUGCCUUUUUAGUAGCUUAUUUUUUGUACUCAAUAGAAAAAUUGACGAUUCGGGUGAAGCAGUCAAAUGGUUCAGAGAACUAGUGGCUGAAACAAUAUCAAAAGAUACCGAAAAUUUCUCGGAGGCUAUUUUGGGCAAGCCUGUCCCCGAAUAUUGUUCAUGGAUUAAAGAACCUACAUCAUGGGGAGGAGCUAUAGAACUUUCAGUCUUGGCCAAUCAUUAUGGUAUUGAAAUUGCUGUUGUAGAUACAAUGAAUGGCAUCAUUAAUAGAUUUGGAGAAGAUCAAAAAUACCCUGUCAGGGUCUAUUUGAUGUUUGAUGGUAUACAUUAUGAUCCACUCUAUAUGGAGAAUUUUAAGGAUGGUGACAUCAAAACUAUGUUCCAAAGUGAAGAUGAAACAACUUUGAAACAUGCUGAACAAUUGGCUAAAGAUGCUAAAUCAAGUAGACAAUUCACAGAUGUUGAUAAUUUUACAUUGAAAUGCAUGGUUUGUGGAAUAUUAUUAAGGGGACAAGUGGAAGCGCAACAACAUGCCAAAGGUACGGGUCAUGCCAAUUUUGGGGAGGUUUAAUUUAUUUUUCUUGAAAUUUGUAAACUGAGUCUUUUAAUCAAAUUUUUUACAUACUGUUAUUUGGCUUGAUAUUAAACUACCAUCAAAAUAUUA